AAAAAUUUAAACGUUAAAUCAUGGUGAAUUUCCGGUGAUGUCUUACUCUCAGAAAAUGAUGCAGAGAUAAAACCCAGUGGUUUGUUAAAAUUGUCAGCCAAGCAUAGCCAGCAUUUGAAACUUGAGUGUAUCUAUAAGUCUUGGUGCUUACUACCCAAAAAGAGACCUCUGACCAAAGACGUAAUUACAGAACAAUAUGGACUCGGGCUCAGAUGGAGCAUUUCAGCCAAAUGAGGACAUCGUUAAUAUUCUAACCUCCUUAGGAUUUUCUCGAAAUGCAUCUAUCAAGGCUCUCUAUUACACUGGGAACAGUAAUGCUGAUCUAGCUGCAGCAUGGGUCAUAGAAAACCAACAUCGCAGUGACAUUGAUUCACCUCUUAAUGAGGAUGAAUCGGAUGACCAUGGGGAUGAGGCAGGAUAUUUACCAGAAGGAGUGGACUUCUAUAAAAUGGUCUUUGUGGUCAACUCGGAGCUGGACAUGGGGGUCGGUAAAACGGCUGCACAGGUUGCUCAUGCUGCUCUGGGAUUACAUCGUACCCUGCUUGAUGAUCCUCAGAAGUAUGGACAGAUGUUGAUGAGUUGGGAACAGUUUGGAGAAACUAAAAUUGUAACAAAGGGAGAUAACACAGCACAGUUAAUGAGCCUUGCAGAAAAAGCUUCAAAUCUAGAUCUGCCACAUUAUAUUGUUCAUGAUGCAGGUAAAACACAGAUUCCUUCUGGAUCUACAACUGUUUUAGCAAUAAUGGGUAACCUUGAAGUCGUGGACUCAAUCACAGGCUCCCUCAAACUUCUUUAAUGAUGGAGGGGAUGAUAAUUUUAAUUAUAGCUUGAAUUAAAGAAAGGACUGGGAAUAUCUGCUUGAACAGACUAUUUAUUUAUGCUGCCAUUUUUGUCAUGUUAUGCCAUAGGCUAUCAAGCUGUAUAAAUUUCAUUUCUGUACAAUUAAUGAAUUUGACAUUGUCAAAUGUAUUUGUCCUUUGUAUGACAAAGAUAGCAAAUUUUCAUUAAACCAAUGUCAUACAGUGAAAAUGUUGUACAAAACCAAUGCUUUAGGAAGAUUUCAGUUUAAUUUUUAUAUACCCGCAUUUAUGUUACACCUGAAUUAAAUAUUCCUGGAAUAAACUAGUACAUGCUCAGAUUCUUGAAUGUAACAUGUUCAGUACACACUGUAUAGAUUCAAAAGCUUACAUGUAAUUGUCUUCAUUGAACCAUUUGUUCCUUGUUUUAGUAAUUUUCCAAUGAUAGCAAUUUAUGUCACCAUUUUUAACUGUUCUCUGCACAGAGCUGCUUUUACACUUGUGAACAUUGUGCAGUUGAUCUCUUUCAUUGCUGUUUGUGAUAUUUAGGUUUAUUAAGUUUCUGUACACAGAUGUGUACAUGUUUUACUGAGAACAAUAAGAAUUAUAUUGUUGCUUAAUUUAUAAUCAUGGAGAUUAAAGCUAUGGAUUGAA